AAAAAAAAAAAGAGAACCAUAGAUGCGCAGCGCUACCUGAAGAACUUGGUAGUACCAACAUAAAAAUUAAAAAACAAAACCCACCCAACCUCGAUGAUCUCCCCCUAGCAGCUACAGCCUCCCUCCCGACACCACCGCCGUUACCUCUGUUCUGUACGGUACCCCACCAUCUCCGUCAGCCAGCCCUCUCAUAUUAUGAGUUGGUUCUUUCUGUCUUUUCUUCUUCCAUAAAAAUAAGGCACAUCAUUCGUUCCUUGUUUCUUUCUUUCAUUGCCCACCGUUUGGCCUUUCUGAUCUCUUCUUUGUUUCUGGGCAUCCAUCUCUAAACCUCAAAUCUCCCAUCGCCAGUCGAUUAUCUUCUUCUUCUUCUUCUUCUCUUCGGAACCCAUCUACCCAAGGAGGAAAACAAGAAGACAAGGAAAAUGAAAAACCCCCCUCAGCCUCAGAAUUUGGAUCCGCUGUGAAUUAUCCAGCCUCAAUCGAAAUUUCAACUUUUCCGAGAGAGAGACUCCUCCAAGGGAAGGGAAAAAAGAGAGAGAGAGAUUGAAAUGGCAGCCCUACUGUACCAGAUAUUGUCGUCCUCAGCACUGGUGUCACUGGGACUCUACCACAUGGUGGCCACCACCCGCAACCACCUCAAGUCCCCACAGUCGUACGCUGCCAAGCCCUACCACCCCUUCCCUCUCUCCUCCUCUUCAUCUUCGUCUUCCAAUCAUCAUCGCCUCAGGUACUUGCAGCUCUACGCCGUCAUUGCCUUCCUCAUGGUUGCCGUCGCCCACCAGACCUUCACCUCUUUCGACGCCGAUCCACUCCUCAAGGGCCGCACCCCCGUCCACCGGUUCACCUCUCUGCAGUCCGCAGCCUCCCUCUUCCUGUUUCUGCUGCUCACGCUCGCUCUGCUGCUCUCGGAGUGGGCUCCAUCUGUGCUGCCACUGCCCUCCGAUCUCGUCUUUGGCCUGGCUGCCACCCUCUUCUACCUACAGUGCCUGGUCUCGUGGGGUGCAGCUUCGGUGCAGAUGUCGGAUCUGCAGGCCAAGUGUGACUCGGUGUCGGGUCGGAUCUCGGCGGUGGCGUCAGGGCUGUGCGUGGUGUUGGCAUGCCAGCCGAGGUUGUUUGUGGCUGAUGUGGGAUUGGGAGCGGCCAUGUGCCUGCAGGGGCUGUGGGUGUUGCAGACGGGGCUGUCACUUUACGUGGAGGCGUUCAUCCCGGAGGGCUGCCACAGGCUGCUGGAUGUGGUGAGCGGGGUCGAGGGUUCCACCAAGUGCGACCUCGAUGAGUCCCGCUUCAGGGCCGUGGCAAUUCUGGAUUUGGUGUUCUUGGUCCAUGUCAUGUUCGUCUUGCUCAUUGUCAUGGUCACCUAUGCUGUUGUUUCCAAGUCCGUUGGCAUCCACAGAUUGGGUUCUUACGAGGCCUUGCCCAACGCUGCUCCCUCCUCCGACCACAACAACCACAUUCAGAUGAAAGCCUUGAGCGGCACCCAGGCUUAGUUGACAACCACACCCCCACAAUCGACAUUGAGGAGGAGAAUCAGAGAGACUCCUGGUGCAGCUAGAGCAUGGGUAUCAACACUACAGUCAUAAAGAAGCUGUGAAUUCCUUGAGUGGCAAGGCAAUGGUUCUGCGAAACUCGGAAUGCUUACAGCAAUUGUUGCUGCUGCAAAUUCGACUGCUUAGGAGAUGUUUUUUGUAGUCUAGAUUAGUUUGUUAAUGGACCGUCUUUGGAUUCAAUUGUAGUUCUAAGCUAACUCUGUCAAGAUAACAUUUCAAUAACUUUUUACAGGUAUUCGACUCAAAUAUAGUAGAUGUUGUGGCAAUUGUUGUGACAACCUUAUAAAUGUCAUUGUUGUGGUGAUUGUAAUUCACUUGGGGUAGGGUGUAGUGUUGUUAUUCCCACAAUAUGUUUUGUAAUGUCCUAUUAAAUAUAUUCACGGUUUUAUCUGCUGGUUAUA